AUGGUUGCGGCUGCGAAUCGGAAAUCAAGAGGGUCCAAGCCAACCGGACCGCCCCCUAUACGACACAAAGCACGGCAAAAGGCGAUACACAACGCUCGACGCAGCGAGCGCGGCGGAGCACGUGGCGGGCGUGGUGGAGGCCGCGGAGGAGGUGGAGGAGGAGGCCGUGGUGGCGCCGGACGGGGUGGGCGAGGAGGCGGACGUGGCGGACGUUUUGCGCAGAAGAAUGGCAGGAACGAAUCGGGCCAAGACUUCAUACCUCUCUCCUCUGGUGGCAACAACUUCGAAGCCCUCUACAGGUCCUCACGCAACGACGACUUUGAUCUCGACAUGGACGGCGACAGUUCCGACUCAGACCAAUUCGGCGACGACUUGCUCGACGACGACAUGUAUGAGGCCGAGGAUAUCGAGAUCAACGUGCAGGCGCCACUGCCCACGACCGGUCGGGGAAGACAACCACUAGCGGAUAUAAUGUUUACGGAGGCAGCCGCGGUCGCAGUAUACAGGCAGCUCUAUCUGCGCGAUUACCCACUCAGUACCUCAACCACGCGAGUGCGCUACGGUCUCUACCAGGAGGACACCUCUGCCGAUUCGGCCGCAUACAUCUCCCUCGCACCAUCCACAGCAUCUCGCCGAUCGAGCGUCAUCAGCAUCAGCAGCGACACAAGCGAAGAGUCCACAGAUGGACCGACAACACCGGAGUACAAUCCGGCACGCGACUACGUCUUCACGUUCGGUAUGCACAAGGGCAAGCGAUUCACCGAUGUGAACGAAAACUACAUCAAAAUGAUCGGCGGUCAGUUAUACAAAUACAGGGACAGAAGACAUGCGGGCCUUUUGGAGGCAUUCGAGUACCACAGGCCGGGGCAGGCACGUCUUCAGCCAGACAACCCUCAAACCCAACAGACACAAGCUCAGCUAUCGCAGCCACGACAGCCUCCCACACGGAACGCACAAGGGUCUCGAUCGAACGCUCUUUCGGCAUCAGACACAUGGAGAUUCCACAAAGGCAUUCACCUCGGAAAGCGACUCCAUGACGUACCUGAAAACUACCUACGAACGCUAGAGGGCAAUCCCCUCGUCAGAGACGCCUGGCCUGGUUUCAAGCAAGCACUCCAGGACUUCAAUGCCAAGACUGGUAGACAAGGUCGGUUUCCGACCCACAGCAGUGCCGCAUCUCACUUCACCAUGACGAGAACCAAAAAACGUGCGCGAGCGGAUCCCGAAUUGUCGCAGUCUCAGCCGCAGCGUCAUACCAAGCGACAGAGGGGACCGAGCGCCAUGGCAGCGCAAGCAAAAGAGGAGGCCGAUGACACUACUGCGGCAGACGAUGUGCGAUAUAUGCGAACGCAGCCAAAGGCCAAGGCACCCAUCGAAAGCUCCCGAGCCAAGUCCUUCCCCAGUCAGACAUCCAAAGUCAUAGACUUGACGCUGAGCGACGAGCUCGACGAUGUGUUCCCCGCAUAUUCGUCCAGGUCAAAAGCACUCCAGGAUCAGGCCGAAGAGCAGCGCCACUCAAAGUACGCUCUACAGAACAAGAUGACCGGAAAACUUGGCGAGCGCUCUCUAGGUCAAUCCAGCGGCGGACAGGGUACUGAAACCAGAGAAGGCGAAGAACGAUGGGCCCUUCCUGUAAGGCCCCCACUAUCUGCAGAUGUCCUUGCCCAGCGCCAACAAAAGAAACAGGAGAGGAAGAGGCAGAGGAAGGAGGCGGCCAUUGACGUCAUAAACGCCCAACGCUCCUAUGCGCCGGUCAUGUUCACCCUUUCAGAGGCAGUAGCCUUUCUCUGGCAACCCCAGCUAGCGAUCACCUACGAUCUUCCGACUGGCGAUUAUGUACCUUGUCAGUAA